AUGUAACUAAGAAUUUUAGAUGAAAAUGAAGAGGAAGAAACGUGUUAUUUCUGUUUUACAAUAAAAAGAAAGAAAUAAUCUAGUAGAAGUCAAUAAAAAUAAUCAAAUGAUAAAAUGAGCAUGCAAAAUUUAUCAUAUGAUCAUCAAAUAAUUGAAUCUGCAGAAUAAAUCACGUAAGAUUCAUUUUUUAAAAUAUCUGAAUAAGUAUUGAAGAUUAGCGAUUAUCCUAAAAAUAAAUUAUUUUUUUUAAAGAAUAAAGCUAGUAAGGAAGAAAUAAUAGUUAAAAUUACAGAAAAGAAAAUUAAUCCAAAUGAAUUAUCUGGUUCAACAUUAGGUCUAGAUUCACCAAAAUCUCCAAUACAAGAGCAAUUAUAAUAAUUAGAACAAACUCCUGAUCAUGUUGCUAGAUAUAUUGCAAAGAGAUUAAAAGAAUUUGCUAUUAUUACUGAUUUAGGUUGUGGAGCUGGAGGUAAUACACUUUAAUUGGCCAAAGAAUGUCCAUAUGUUAUCGGUGUAGAAAUAGAAGGAAAAUUAAUAGAAUUAGCAUAGAAAAACUGUCACCAUUUAAAUGUUAAUGUUGAUUUAAUCAAUGCAGAUAUUUUUACUUUAAAUAAUUUAAAAACAGAUGUAAUUUUUGUUAAUCCAAGUUUAAAUAAAGAAACAUUACCAUAUAAAGAUUUAUUAAAAAAUUGUCAUCCAAAUAUCAAGAAAAUAUUAUUAAAUCAUUAAAAAAACACAAAAAAUUUUGUUUUUUAAUUACCUCCAUAAAUUGAUAUUACUUAAUUACCUUUAUUAAUUAAUAUUAAUUCUCAAUAUGCUUAUUUUAGAUAAAAUUGUCCAUCAUUUUGCAGUAUUGAAAUAGAAUAGAUCAUUUUAAAUUAACAGCUUGAAUAUAUAGUUGUCUAUUGUGGAGAUGUAUGUGAUGUAUUUAUUGAUCAUCAAAUUUGUUUAGAUAAAAUAAUCAGAAAUUAUUAAAUUUCUUUCUAAAUAAUUUAGGAAAGUAUAACCUGAUUACAAAUAAAUUCAGAAAUAACAUUUAUUCUGGUUAUUUGAUUUGAUAAAUAGAAAUAUUGGAAUUUAAAAUCUUACUUAUAGAGCAGUAGAAGCAAUUAAAUAAAAGAAAUCAAUAGAAAGUUUUUGUAAAUUUAUUAGACAACAAUUUUAAAUACAUUAAGAUCUUUAUUAAACUUAUAUUAAUCAGUAAACUUUUGUUUAAAUUAAGCAAUUAAAAUGAUUAAGAUGAUUUAUAUUCAGCAUCAAAAUAAGAAAUAGAUCAAUAAGACAUAGAUAAUAUGAGUCCAAGCAAUUUUUCAUAUAAAUAAAUUGAAGUUGCACAUAUGCACUAUUCUUAUAAUAAUGAAAAUGUAUUUGAUGUUUUUGAAGAUGAAGAUAAUAAUGGGUAUAACUCAUUUGUGAUGAAUGUUAAGCAUUGA